CAUAAACAAAUGUUAAAAGAACUCGAAAAGUAAAACAUUACCAAAAAACUAAACAAUAACUCGAUUUUUACCCUACAAUACAAGUUUAUAAGGGUGCGUAGUAAUAAAGGACUUUGGUGAUCGUUGAAAGAAUUACUUCCCUGACAAAUUCCAGAUGGGCAGAGCGACUACUAGAGUGACGAGGGACACCUCAAAGGCCACAACUAAGGGGACCAAGGAUAACUCGAAACGAUAUCGCGAGAAAAUAAAAAAUGACCCGAUCAAGUUUCAGGAAUAUCGCGCCAGAGAAGCUGAAAGAAGUCGUUUAUAUCGCAAGAAACUGAAGGAAGUGGUCAAAAAGAACAAAAAGGUUCUUAAAACAAAAAGAGAACACGAUCGAAUUAGACAGCAAAAAUAUCGGGAGAAAAAGAAGGAAGAACUCGCAAAUCAGAAGUCAAUGGAAGAAAUGUUAAAGAAAGUUGAGAGGGCACUGCCAGCAAAAAAUUCUCGAAAGAUUGAAGUCAUUAAAAUGCUAUAUAGAAAAUAUGUUGAACCUGAAAGCGCUGAGGAGUAAGACUAAACUAAAAUAAAGCCAAGAGCAAGGCCAUCAUAGGAGAAUUACAAAUAAGAAAUAUCAUACACAUAAUGUCCUUCUAAUGGCAUUUAAAAAGAACUCAAAUAUUUACAAGUUUGAAACACUUCCAGGUGGACUGUUUAAGGACCCGGGGAAUAAAUAAAUAGUUUACAAAUAAAUCAGACAUAUUUUUA